AUGUACAACUCAGUUUCGCGGUGUUGCUUGCUGGCCGCGUCCAUAGGCGUUUCCCUUGCCGUCAGCGUCACUGACAUCCAGGGGAACGCGUACAGAUCGCCUCUCGCCGGCCAGACCGUUCAUAAUGUUACUGGUGUCGUUACUGCCAAAGGUCCGACGAGCUUCUGGAUUGCUGGAGAAGCUGUGGAGGACGUUCGCGUCUCUCAUGGGCUCAUGGUGUUCUCACAGAAUACCACGAUUCUCGGCCAGGUGACUGUCGGCGAUCUUGUAUCCCUAUCUGGCCUGGUGUCUGAGUUUCGUUCGUCAACCGCGCCCAAUGACCUGACCUUGACCGAGAUCACCUUCCCUGGUAACAUUUCAAUAAUCUCGCAGAAUAACUCCGUCACUUCUUUGGUGCUGGGCAAGGACAGGAGUCCACCCACCCAGCAACUCUCCUCGCUAGACAAUUCAGGGGAUGGAUUCCUCUCCGUGCCAAAUAAUAGCACCCGGCUCGACUCUUCGAACCCAACAUUACAGCCUACCAAGUUCGGUCUCGACUUCUGGGAGAGUCUUGAAGGCCAGCUAGUCACGGUUGCCAAACCUUUCUCACUAAAUUUCGAGAAUCGAUUUGGAGAGUUCUGGGUGCGAGGGAAUUGGAAGGUCACUGGGCUGAACGAACGUGGGGGUUUGACCAUCACAUUUGGGCCCGAUGGUCUACCGGAUGCAAAUCCUGAGGUGGUAAUCAUUGGUAAACCACUAGAUGGGACGAAGAACCCCGCGACUGCAAUCGGCCUAGGGCUCUCAGACAUUACUGGGGUUGUCACUUACCAAUUCGGUUUCUUCUAUAUACUUCCCUUGACUGCCCCAACAAUUAUCUCCAGACCCAGCGAAGAGGCGUCUCCCACAACACUGACAUCACCAGCUGGCAAAUCAUGUACCCUCACCAUCGGUGAUUACAACAUUGAGAAUCUAGCUCCCACCUCGGCGCAUCUCCCUAGCAUUGCGAACCAUAUUGCCACAUUCCUUCGCACACCUGACCUCGUCUUCGUUCAGGAGGUUCAAGACAACUCUGGCCCCACGGACGAUGGUGUAGUUAGUGCCAACGUCACCCUCUCGCGUCUAGUAGCAGCUAUAGCCAACAUCAGCCAAGUCCAGUACGAGUUCAUCGAAAUUGCUCCUAUUGACAAACAGGACGGCGGGCAGCCUGGCGGGAAUAUUCGCUCGGCCUACCUCUAUCGUCCUGAGAAGCUUCGCCUCGUACCUGGCUCCCCAGCUGGGGGCGCUCUUGAUGCUGUUAAAGUCAAACCGCCGCCAUUCUUCCUUGGGCGCCCGAGCUUAACGUUCAACCCAGGGCGAAUUGAGCCGACGAGCCCUGCUUGGGAUUCAUCGCGCAAACCACUGGUAGCGGUCUGGGAUACCCCCUUGGGAGGCCGACUUUUCACGAUCAACUUGCACCUUACAUCGAAAAGUGGCAGUGUUUCGACUCAAGGCGAUGCCCGGCCGUUCGUCAACUUGGGUGUCGACCAACGUACGAGUCAAGUUGCACUAGUCUCAAGCUUCGUCAAAUCUAUCCUGAAGGCGGAUCCCUUUGCAAACAUCGUCGUUGCUGGCGACUUUAAUGAAUUCGUCCAGACGCGUUCAGUCUUCAGCCCGCUGGAGAAACUCAUGACCGAACUCGACGUGCUCACCCUGAAGCCGGCUGAGCGAUAUACCUACGUGUUUGACCAAAAUACCCAACAACUCGACCAUAUGUUCGUCUCAAAUUCCGUCAGGCUGCGUGACCCGCAGAUCGAACACGUACAUGUAAACAACUGGGCGCCCAACUUCAAUGCAAGAAUUAGUGACCAUGAUCCUUCUGUUGCCCGCAUACGUGUUUGCGGAGCCUAG